GCGAUCUCGUCCACCAUCUCGGAAUUGCCGCUGUAGUGAUCCUAUCAAUCUCAGCAACUCUCAUUCUACACCCCGCAAGUUCCCGCAAUGCGAGGGAGGACAGCGAUCGCAACAACGAUCCUUUUCGUCGUCAUCAUUUGCCUCUUCAUAUCCGCACCCAAAUCCUGGAGGACCGGAGCAUCACCACCCAGUGUCACCGGCCACUACCCAUAUGUCAAGCCAAGUCCGCUCCCAUGGAAUCCACCUAGCUCCAAGGAACCCUCAGGUGAGGCUCAGGCGGAUCGUCUAAUCGUCAAAGUAAUGCUCGAAGAUGAAGACGCUUUGUGGAUAGACUCACUAUUCCCUACCUGGCGGAAAGAGCUCGUGACCAUUGACAAAAGAUUCUCAAAAUUGCACAAGGGUGGAAACAGAGUGGAUAAGGGACGGAUAGCAAGUCAUUAUCUUAUCUGGAUUAUUGAAAAUUACAAAAACCUACCCGAGACUGUGGUCUUUCUACCUCCGGAUCAACACACCCAACAGACUUCGCAAUCGGUCAUCUGGACAUCAAGCGGCUCCAACCUAAAAACCAACAUAUCCAACCUCCAAAUUGCGUUUAUUCAAUCCUCUGGCUUCGCCAAUCUUCAUUGCCCCACCCCAUCAAGAUGCGCCGAUUUAAUCCUCCCCUUUCGCUCCCCACCCAACGAAUUUCGCACCCUGGAAGUCGCCAUGCCAAAAGUCUGGCAAGGCAUUUUUGGUAACACUACUGUACCAGAGCAACUUGCUACGGCGCCUGGCGCUGAAUUCGCCGUCAGCAAGACGCAAGUGCAGAAGAGGAGUCUUGAUGAGUACUUGAAGUUCUGGACGUGGUUGCACAGGACGCCUAUGGAUGAUGAUACGGCGGGUUUGGUGUUUGAGCACCUCUGGCAUGUCAUCUUUGGGAGAGAUGCGGUGUUUUGCCCAGAGGAGAAGCAGUGCGAGUGUGAAGUCUACGGGAAAUGCUAGACGUCCAAAGAGAAGAGAGACGAAAGAUCUGAUACUGGAACCCAGGUACAUAGGGCGUCCGAUAUCGGGCGGUGUUAAUACAUGUAAUUCAUUACUCUCGAAGCUCGUAGUACCUCUUGAUAUUAUUGUUGUGUUCAUGAGGUGUUGAAGAGGUAAGACUUCUUGGAUUAAUCUAAAUAGCAAACGUGG